GGGAGGGGCACGCAAGCAGUGAGAGAAAAGUGCAUCAUCCGUGGCAAAGGAUAAUUUCUGUCGAACGAAACGGUCAUAUUUAUUCUUUAGCAAGCUAGCAAAGGUUGUAAGAUAGCUGGCAAGCUGUAACAGACAGUCCUCUGUAGUAGCUGGGACAAGAGUUGCACAAAUGACAGAGCUACGGCACCGCGGAACGACGGAAAACGACCUACAACAUCAACAAUCCGAAGACAAGGUACGGAGUGUUAAUGGACUGCCGUUUAGCUAGCCAAGGCAAGAUAAACAUCCGCUACAUGCAUAUGAUGCAGGGAGACCUUGCCACAAAUUAUGAUAGUGGCUAGAAAUAAUUAUAGUAAAUGUUUUAACUGGUUAGUUAACUAUGUCUAGUGUCAAAGGCAAGCUAGCUAGUUGGCCAGCCACAUCUACAAUUUAAUUUGCGCUAGCUACCGUUAACUUGCUAUCGAAACAUAGCUAACAUGCUAACUACAUGAUAUGGAUGUUGAUUUGCUGCCAACAUUAUUUCUGGCGUGAAAGGCACUCCUUUACUACAGUGGUUAGCUAUCUUAUCUAACGUUUGCGUUUGAUGCCAGGUCAAAGAGGGCAGCUAAAGUUAGGUAGCUAGAUGUAGCUAGUUAACUACGUAUUCAAUUGACUAAAUCGAGGGUCGUUCCAUGUCUUUUCAGCAAGCCAUAACACCCACCAUCUCAGAUUGUUCUGAAAUCAUUUCUGUAGUUAGAAACAGGUACGAUUAGCAUUCCAGCAACAUUGUAUUUUAAAUAUAAUUUGAUCUUUGAGAAAUCAAUUAACUCGAUAAAAAUUAUAUUUCAAGAAAAUAAUGUUGCAGGAAUGCUAAUCUUAUCUGUUUCUAUCAACAGAAACGAUUUCAGAACAAUCUGAGAGGGUGGGUGUCAAUUCUCUUUCUUGUGCUAUUUGAGGUGGAACGACCUUCAAUUUAGUCAUAAGCUCUGCCUAGUUUUUCCAAUGUAUGGGUUGGAUUUCAACUCAAGGUAACUAGGCUGAAAUGAAAUGGCCAAUCAACUCUGCAGGAAAGACAACCCACAUACACAUUUGUAGCCACAUACAAAUAUACUUCCAUGGAGGCCUCAACUUAGCUAGUGUGUAUGAUGCCAGUUGUGGGCUCUUUUGAAGAAAGAAACAUAGUUAUACAUUAAAGUCAAGGGUGUUCAUACGUUCUAAUAAAAAUAGACAGUGUCCAGCUGCUUUGGUGUCUUGCCUGUUCUCUCAUAUGACACACAGGCUCCACUGUGGGGCUUUAUUCGAUUUUCUGUGUCCUUACAAGACAUGCUGUGUUACCCCCUUCACUUCGCCUUGCAUUCCUGGCUAGGCAUAGGGCCUUGCAUUGUGGUUUUUGAUCAGUAAUUGACAUUACCCCCAAAUCUGUGUUUGACUGCUGAAUAGAAGGAUAGUGUUAACAACUGCCAGACAGGCCCCAUGCAGCUGUGUUGUGCUAGUGGUAUAGGCCUGUGGCGCUGUCUGUGGUUUGGUUUGGUUUAGUUUAGAGUCAGACGUCAAUGUAGGAGUUCCCUGACUGUAGAUGCAACUUUCCAUGGAGAACAUGGUGUCUCUGUCAUGUGCACGCUCACUUUAUUUUAGUUGAAAUUGUAUGAGCCAUGUUGAGCCAAAGUUAGAAGAAUAGGCCAUGAUUGGCGGGGGGGUUUGUAUAUGAGUCAAAUGAUGUAACUGUGACAUAGUUUAAGGACACUGGAAAAUAGAUCUAACCUAUUUAUACCCAGAGGAAACGUGACUAUUUCUGGCUUGUUUGUGUGUACGGUAUGUAUGGGUGAGUGGGUAGCCUAGGUCAAAAGACUAUUAAUGUGGUAGCCUAGGUGAAAAGACAAGGUAGAAAUGGCAUAGGCCUCCAUUACUUAACAUGGUUGAAUGAAUCUUUUGCUUCUGAUGAUGUGAAACGGGAAAGAGUGUAGUGCUACUCUUUCCCUCACAGGAAACUGUGAGGGGAAAAUGGUCUCUUCAGUAGCAGGAGUGUUGAAAGGAGGGGCUAUUUUUAACCAGGGCAUCCUGACUGACGUGAUAUGGUCACCAUGGAAACCAGCGAGCCUGGAGGAUCCAUCAGCUUGAUAGCUACUGCUGUGUGUGUGUGUGUACUGUGUGUGUGUUUGCAACCAAGACAGGAAGAGUGUAGGCUAAAAGCCAUCUGUUGUGUUAUUAGGAGGUUAGACGACAGUGUAACUUUGGUAGUGCUCGGGGGGAGAGGGCAGAGGGGAGCGACAACGAUGACUUCAUCACAGCAGUCUAGUGUCUGCUGUCUCCUGAUUACACAUUUUGGUGGCUGUUGCCAUGGAAAAGCAGAGGGUCAUCCGGAUUAAUGCAGUUUCACAGCAUCAAGCUCUCGGAGCAUCAAGGGGGCAGACAGACACUGAAAUAUAUUGAUUACUUUGUCACCAUCAGACCUACAUUUAUCACGCAGAAUAUCCUAACACCAAAGCAGAAAAGCUCUACAAGCUUGCUUGCAAUGUUUUUGUUCACUGACAUAAAAAAUUGACCUAGAAAGGAAGUGGGAGAACAUUCCUCAUAGGUAGCUAGCUGUGUUUGUUUACAUUGUAUGACUCACUUUCUCCCCAUCUCUCUCUCUCUCUCUCUCUCUCUCUCUCUCUCUCUCUCUCUCUCUCUGUAGGGAUCUGAGAAUGAAGGGAAAGCAGAGAAGGAUGGGGCGUCUGACAGUGAGACCAAGCCUGAUACAGGGCUCCCUGAGGUGCCUGUCCCUGCUGAUGACACCCCCGAGGUCCUCAACAAAGCCCUGUCUGGACUGUCCUCACGGUAAACACUACCAAAAUAACAUAGAUUUUCUUCACAUGGUAAUCACAACAUCCGAUUUGGCAAUUGUUUGGAACAAGGGAAAGAUGACCAUUUCACAAAACAUAAUGUCUGCGUCCCAUAGGGCUCUUGUUAAAAGUAGUGUGCUAUAUAGGGAAUAGGGUGCCAUUUGGGACAUAACAAACGGAUUGCAUUUUUUAUUUACCAUCUUCUGUUUGCUCCUCCAUCCUAACAACAUCCUGCUGUUCAGUCAUGGAUAAUUGAAUGCUUAUGAAACACCACCUGCUAUACUCACUAGAACUCAUAUUGAUCUGUGUAGGCCUAUAUUGACAUUCUUUAGGAAUGUCUUGACCAGCAAUUAUUUUGUGCACACAAACAACUGAUAUGGAUGCUUAUUGUUCACCUCUUCAUUUCACUGUGUUCAUUUCACAAUCUAUUACACUGUAUAUGGGUAUUAACUGUGUGUGUUGUCAGAUGGAAGAACUGGUGGGUGCGAGGGAUCCUGACUCUGGCCAUGAUCUCCUUCUUCUUCAUCAUCAUCUACCUGGGCCCCAUGGUGCUAAUGCUGAUUGUGAGUGCUUCUCCUCCCUUCCCUCAGCCUCCUGUCAGUCAGUUUAUUAGCCAAUCCCAAAUCGCUCCCUCUCCCUUGACCCUAACCCCUCGCUGUUUCCAGAUCUGUAGGUUCAGGAUAGGAAUAAGCAGUGCAGUGGUGGAGCUUCUACCAUAUUGCUUACACACCUUACAGAUCUGCAGAAACAAAGGGUUAGGAAGACUAAGGAGAGGGUAAGGGAUUCAAUUGGGUCUGUCUGUUUCUGUCUGUCCUUAAUAGUUUCAGGUUCAGAGUGUAGCUCAGUGGAAAUAACAGGCUCUUCUCUGCUCUGCUUUAAUGCUCUGCUGGACUUGCUGGGAGGGAGAUAGCAUGCUGCCACAUCCAGACACUGCAGGAACUAAAUUGAGAACACAAAAACUAAAUAGUCGCAGCACAAGACGUCCAAAUGUGUAUGGUUAAAUUAGAUGGGUUUUGAGCAACGAGGAAUCAUACACAGACCAGAUGCUGUUGUCAGAGCGAUAUCAAAAUGUGUGGUAGGGGAAUACCAUGUAGUUGAUACCAAAGGGAUGAUACUAAAACUCAGACGGUCAUCGGCACACCUCAGUAAUUUAUUACAGAUCUGUUGUAUAUUUGCAGUAAUAUUGGAUUAUCUGUCUCUGUCCAGGUGCUGUGUGUGCAGAUCAAAUGCUUCCAAGAGAUCAUCCACAUCGGUUACAGUGUAUAUCACUCCUACCACCUUCCCUGGUUCAGAACGUUGAGCUGGUGAGACACACACACAGUUGUAUGUCUGUGUUUAAGGUUACACUGCAACUAACCAUUUGUUGACCUGAAAUAAUGAAUUGCAUGUUUUAUUUCAUUGCAGACUUCCUGAGGUUUGUUGGUCUUGGUAAUGUUUACCCAGUUUAUAGUGUUUAUCUAGGUUAUUAAACCAAUCAGCAGAUAUACUCCAUCAUGUUAGUUAGCUGAUCAAAUUAUCAGUGUAUAUAGAGGUAUAGGAUUUUAGCCAAUGUAGUGGUGAUGGUAUUUGUAGUAUGAUCGCUCAGUGGUCUCUUGCCAUUCACAUUGCACUAUGUUGGAAAAACCUGGUGAAAAGCUCUUAACAUUAUUGAUGUAAUUAUUGAACCCAUGAUGUCCCUUACUGGCUUCAGACACAUGCAACCCCAAAGUUCACCAUGACACCAGACUUUUCUAGACUAGAGUGCAUAGUGCAUGUUCAAUCUGACUCUGCAGCUACUUAGUGCAGUUGAUCUGUGUUCUGUUUCAACAGUUCUGACCUCACCUUCCCUUCCUCAUCCUCCCCCCAGGUACUUCCUACUGUGUGUGAACUAUUUCUUCUACGGAGAGACGGUGACGGACUACUUCUCUAAUCUGGUGCAGAGGGAGGAGCCGUUGCGCAUCCUCAGCAAAUACCACCGCCUCAUCUCCUUCGCCCUGUACCUCACUGGUGAGGCUGUGGCUCAAGUUCUAACUAGCUUCCUUUCCUUGUGUUUUCCUUCAUCAUCACUGAUCUGGCCAGACAGGAAAUCGAUCUAGUGCUUUCAGGGAGUAUUGAGAGUGAGAGGGAGGGAGAAGGGGAGUCCUUUAGCGUUGCUUUAGUCACUGUUGGAGCUUCUGCAUUUUUUAUCAGUUUUUACCUGACCAAGGGUUUGGUACAACUUUUUAAAAUGAUAAAAGUUUCAGAGGGAAGCUUUACUUGCUCCACCCUCCGUCUUUCAGUCAGUCAGUGCAGCAGGAUGUGGUAAAGGCUGACAGCACUUGACUCGCUAACGUCUGUUUCUGACUGCAUGAUCACACCUCGACUCCGUGCCUCAAGCUGAAAGGAGAGGAAAGUAAAUACCCAUCCCUCCUUCGUUCACUCCUCCCUUUGGGUAAAUUUCAAAACCAGGCCAGGUCGUUUACUGUAGAAGUGCUGGCAGGGAAAGGCUUUUAAGGUAAUCGGGCUAUCUCCCCAGUGCCAGAUAAUAUAGGAGGUCACAGAGUCAAGUAGUUCUAUACAGACAAACUCUCAGAACCCUGUGUGCUUUGUUCUAGCCUGGUCCCAGAUCUGUUUGUUAUGUGGCCACCACAAUGACCAUAGUUGGCAAGACAGCACAAAUAGAUCUGGGACCAGGCUAGCUUUGUUCUGCUCUGAUGAAGCCUAUGUAACAAAAGGAUGUGAAUUGGAUGGAUGUAGAAAUAUUCACGUAUCCAAGUUGUCCUAACUGGAUUAUGGUCACAUUGGCUUGAUCUAAUUUGUUUGAUUCAAUAAAAGCAUCUUACUCAGAAGGGUGUCUUCUUACUCUGCUUUGGGAAUGAAUAGAAUUCUUGGAACUGUAAGAAAUGAAGAGUUCAAUGCUGCACAUUCAUGUGAUUAUCUUUUUAUCUGUUACUGACUUUGGCAGGCUUUUAACCUCGGAACCCAGAACCAAAUUGGCAUUUACGCGUCACUAAAGAUUGAGUUUGUGAUGUAAACAUGGCUAGGAUGAUUACAAGGGUGCAGUUGCUGGUCCUCAGUUUGAAAGCAAAGAAUGACAAUAAUAACUACUAAAAACAGGCUGAUCCAAAAUGCUUUGUUGACUUGUUACUCUCUUCUUGGUGUUGUGCAGGUUUCUGCAUGUUUGUGCUGAGCCUGGUGAAGAAACACUAUCGCCUGCAGUUCUACAUGGUGAGUGUUUGUGUUGCGUAGUGUAUUGGGCAUAGUGUAUGUGUAGUGUAUUGGGCAUAGUGUUUGUGUUGCGUAGUGUAUUGGGCAUAGUGUAUGUGUAGUGUAUUGGGCAUAGUGUUUGUGUUGCGUAGUGUAUUGGGCAUAGUGUAUGUGUAGUGUAUUGGGCAUAGUGUUUGUGUUGCGUAGUGUAUUGGGCAUAGUGUAUGUGUAGUGUAUUGGGUAUAGUGUUUGUGUGUUCUAUAUUAUAUGAGCCCUCUUCCUCUUGGCUGCUACUACAUUAUUGAUGUGGCCCGGCCUAAAAACAUGGAAGCCCUCCAGCAGUGUUCUGGGUCCGUUCCAGGACAUAAGGCCAGGGCCUCAUCUACAGCAGUGGUUCUUCUCCCCCCCCCCCCCCCCCAUUCCUGCUUUCAACUUACUCUUGAAAGGUGCAAUUUCGAAAUUGGGUUGUGCAUCAGUUUUCCUCUUUUGUCAGUCAUUGCAUACCUUAGAGAGCUAUUUAUAACUUGUCAGAAAUGUCCAGAUCAACUCAACUUGCCCAUGUCAGCUAACGUUUUUACCUCAAUGUUUUUUAGCCCAUAGAUUUUGUUGUGAUGUUUGAGUCACUCAAGUAUCACAUGAAAUGAACAUUAGACAUGGAAAGAUGUAUAGAAUUGCAAGAAAAUGUAGCUUUAAACCUGCAAAAUCUUCUCUCCACCAACAAGAGGGGCGUGAACAGUUUGUCAUGAACAGCUCUUGUGCCUAUUGAAAUAGACGUUGCGUGCGCGCUGGGGGGCGUUCCCCAAUGCUGUAAUGGGGGUCUGAGGGAACGAAUGUGGGAACCCCUGCUCUACAGUACCUUCAGAAAGUAUUCACACCCCUCGACUUCCUCCACAUUUUGUUGUUACUGCCUGAAGUAAAAAAUUAUUACAUUUAGAUAAUGUCAAAGUGGAAUUUUUUCAACAUUUUUACAAUUUAAUAGAAAAUGAGUAAGCGUUCAACCCCUUUGUUAUGGCAGGCCUAAAAGUUCAGGAGUAAAAAUUUGCUUAACAAGUCACGUAAUAUGUUGCAUGGACUCACUAUGUGUGCAAUAAUAGUGUUUAACGUGAUUUUUGAAUGACUACCUCAUCUCUGUACCCCACACAUACAAUUAUAUGUAAGGUCCCUCAGUCGAGCAGUGAAUUUCAAACACGGAGUACGGUUACAUGCACACAAUGCGAUUACAGUGAGGGGGAAAAAAGUAUUUGAUCCCCUGCUGAUUUUGUACGUUUGCCCACUGACACAGACAUGAUCAGUCUAUAAUUUUAAUGGUAGGUUUAUUUGAACAGUGAGAGACAGAAUAACAACAAAAAAAUCCAGAAAAACGCAUGUAAAAAAUGUUAUAAAUUGAUUAGCAUUUUAAUGAGGGAAAUAAGUAUUUGACAACUCUGCAAAACAUGACUUAGUACUUGGUGGCAAAACCCUUGUUGGCAAUCACAGAGGUCAGACGUUUCUUGUAGUUGGCCACCAGGUUUGCACACAUCUCAGGAGGGAUUUUGUCCCACUCCUCUUUGCAUAUAUUUUCCAAGUCAUUAAGGUUUCAAGGCUGACGUUUGGCAACUCGAACCUUCAGCUCCCUCCACAGAUUUUCUAUGGGAUUAAGGUCUGGAGACUGGCUAGGCCACUCCAGGACCUUAAUGUGCUUCUUCUUGAGACACUCCUUUGUUGCUUUGGCCAUGUGUUUUGGGUCAUUGAAAUGCUGGAAUACCGAUUCACGACCCAUUUUCAAUGCCCUGGCUGAGGGAAGGAGGUUCUCACCCAAGAUUUGACGGUACAUGGCCCCCUCCAUCGUCCCUUUUGAUGCGGUGAAGUUUUCCUGUCCCCUUAGCAGAAAAACACCCCCAAAGCAUAAUGUUUCCACGUCCAUGUUUGACGGUGGGGAUGGUGUUAUUGGGGUCAUAGGCAGCAUUCCUCCUCCUCCAAACACGGCGAGUUGAGUUGAUGCCAAAGAGCUCGAUUUUGGUCUCAUCUGACCACAACACUUUGACCCAGUUCUCCUCUGAAUCAUUCAGAUGUUCAUUGGCAAACUUCAGAUGGGCCUGUAUAUGUGCUUUCUUGAGCAGGGGGGGGACCUUGCGGGCGCUGCAGGAUUUCAGUCCUUCACGGCGUAGUGUGUUACCAAUUAUUUUCUUGGUGACUAUGGUCCCAGCUGCCUUGAGAUCAUUGACAAGAUCCUCCCGUGUAGUUCUGGGCUGAUUCCUCACCGUUCUCAUGAUCAUUGCAACUCCACGAGGUGAGAUCUUGCAUGGAGCCCCAGGCCGAGGGAGAUUGACAGUUAUUUUGUGUUUCUUCCAUUUGCGAAUAAUCACACCAACUGUUGUCACCUUCUCACCAAACUGCUUGGCGAUGGUCUUGUAGCCCAUUCCAGCCUUGUGAAGGUCUACAAUCUUGUCCCUGACAUCCUUGGAGAGCUCUUUGUUCUUGGCCAUGGUGGAGAGUUUGGAAUCUGAUUGAUUGAUUGCUUCUGUGGACAGGUGUCUUUUUAUACAGGUAACAAACUGAGAUUAGGAGCACUCCCUUUAAGAGUGUGCUCCUAAUCUCAGCUCAUUACCUGUAUAAAAGACACCUGGGAGCCAUAAAUCUUCCUGAUUGAGAGGGGGUCAAAUACUUAUUUCCCUCAUUAAAAUGCAAAUCAAUUUAUAAAAUUUUUGACAGUGUUAUUCUGGAUUUUUUUGUUGUUAUUCUGUCUCUCACUGUUCAAAUAAACCUACCAUUAAAAUUAUAGACUGAUCAUUUCUUUGUCAGUGGGCAAACAUACAAAAUCAGCAGGGGAUUAAAUACUUUUUUCCCUCACUGUAUUGUGGAUAGUCAGAUUAAUAUAAUAGUUUGAUUAAAACAUUUGCAUACUUGGGGGGGGGGUCACAUAAAAAGCAGACAUUGAAUAUCCCUUUGAGCAUGGUGAAGUUAUUAAUACACCCAGUCACUACAAAGAUACAGGCGUCCUUCCUAACUCAGUUGCCGGAGAGGAAGGAGACCGCUCAGGAAUUUCACCAUGAGGCCAAUGGUGACUUUAAAACAGUGUAGUUUAAUGGCUGUGAUAGGAGAAAACUGAGGAUGGAUCAACAACUGUGUAGUUUCUCCACAAUACUAACGUAAUUGACAGAAUGAAAAGAAGGAAGCCUGUACAGAAAACAAAUAUUCCAAAACAUGCAUCCUGUUUGCAACAAGGCAUUAAAGUAAUACUGCAAAAAAUGUGGCAAAGCAAUUCACUUUUUGUCCUGAAUACAAAGUGUUAUGUUUGGGGCAAAUCCAAUACAACACAUUACUGAGUGUCACUCUCCAUAUUUUCAAGCAUAGUGGUGGCUGCAUCAUGUUAUGGGUAUGCUUGUAAUCGUUAAGGACUGGGGAGUAAAAAAAAAAAAAGAAAAAAAAAGAAACUGAAUGGAGAUAAGCACAGGCCGAGUUACAUUUUUGACCUACAUCUGCUUGAAAAUCUAUGGCAAGACCUGAAAAAUGGUUGUCUAGCAAUGAUCAACAACCAAUUUGACAGAGCUUGAAGAAUUUUGAUUGGAAAAUGGCACAAUCCAUGUGUGGAAAGCUCUUAGAGACUUACCCAGAAAGACUCCCAGCUGUAAUUGCUGCCAAUGCUGAUUCUAACAUGUAUUGACUCGGGGUUCAAUGCUUAUCUAGUCAAGAUAUAUUAGUGUUUAUUUUUUUUAUUUUUUUUACAAAUGUUAGUAUUUUUCUUCCACUCGGACAUUGGUUUUUUGUGAUGACAAUUAAAUCAAUUUUUAUCCCACUUUGUAACACAACAAAAUGUGGAAAAAAGGGGUUUGAAUACUUUCUGAAGGCACUUUAUCUGCUGCUGCUGCCUUUGUCUCUCUCACACACACACACACACACACACAGCUAGAGGCUCUGUGUUCUGGGCUCUGGCUUGACCAUGUAAGGCAGUGACAGAGCUGAGCGCUGCAAGGAAACAUACAGUGCCUUCGGAAAGUAUUCAGACCCCUUGACUUGUUCCAUAUUUUGUUACGUUACAGCCUUAUUCUAAAAUGGAUUAAAAAUAUAUAUAUAUCCUUUGCAAUCUACAAACAAUACCCCAUAAUGACAAAGCAAAAACAGGUUUUUAGAAAUUUUAGAAAAUGUAUUAAAAAUAAAAAACCUUAUUUACAUAAGUAUUCAGCCUCUUUAUGAGACUCAAAAUUGAGCUCAGGUGCAUCCUGUUUCCAUUGAUCAUCCUUGAGGUGUUUCUACAACUUCAUUGGAGUCUGCCUGUGGUAAAUUUAAUUGAUUGGACAUGAUUUGGAAAGGCACACACCUGUCUAUAUAAGGUCCCACAGUUGACAGUGCAUGUCAGAGCAAAAACCAAGCCAUGAGAUCGAAGGAAUUGUCCGUAGAGCUCCGAGACAGGAUUGUGUCGAGGCACAGAUCUGGGGAAGGGUACCAAAAAAUGUCUGCAGCAUUGAAGGUCCCCAAGAACACAUUAGCCGCCAUCAUUCUUAAAUGGAAGAUAUUUGGAACCACCAAGACUGUUCCUAGAGCUGGCCGCCCGGUCAAACUUAGCAAUCGGGGGAGAAGGGCCUUGGUCAGGGAGGUGACCAAGAACCUGAUGGUCACUCUGACAGAGCUCUAGAGUUCAUGGGAGAACCUUUCAGAAGGACAACCAUCUCUACAACACUUCAACAAUCAGGCCUUUAUGGUAGUGGCACAUGUAAAAGGCACAUGACAGCCCGCUUGGAAUUUGCCAAAAGGCCCCUAAAGACUCUAAGACCAUGAGAAACAAGAUUCUCUGGUCUGAUGAAACCAAGAUUUAACUCUUUGGCCUCAAUGCCUAGCGUCACGGCUGGAGGAAACCUGGCACCAUCCCUACGGUGAAGCAUGGUGGUGGCAGCAUCAUGCUGUGGGGAUGUUUUUCAGCGGCAGGGACUGGGAGACUAGUCAGGAUCGAGGAAAAUAUUAAUGGAGCAAAGUACAGAGAGAUCUUUGAUGAAAACCUGCUCCAGAGCGCUCAAGACCUGUCCUUGAGUGGCCCAGCCGGAGCCUGAACCUGAACCCGAUCGAACAUGUCUGAAGAGACCUGAAAAUAGCUGUGCAGCAACGCUCCCCAUCCAACCUGACAGAGGCUGAGAGGAUCUUUUUUUUUUUUUUUUGUAAGAAUGGGUGGAACUCGACAAAUACAGGUGUGCCACGCUUGUAGCGUCACACCCAAGAAGACUUGAGGCUGUAAUCGCUGCCAAAGGUGCUUCAACAAAGUACUGAGUAAAGGGUCUGAAUACUUAUGUAAAUGUGAUAUUUCCGUUUUUAUUUUUUAUUAAUUAGCAAAAAUUUAUAGAUCCUGUUUUUGCUUUGUCAUUAUGGGGUAUUGUGUGUAGAUUGAUGAGGAAAACAAUUUAUUUAAUCAAUUUUCGAAUAAGACUAAUGUAACAAAAUGUGGAAAAAGACCAGGGGUCUGAAUACUGCAGUAACACAUCAAUCAGUGAGAGGGACUGCGUGCUAAAAACUGCAUACUGCAUUAAAGCUGAUCUGCAAAAUGGCACACACUGACUGGGCUGAGGGCUUCGUCUACAGCGCUAUUCAAAUCUUACCCUAUGAGGUCCGGAGUACUGCUGGUUUUCUGUUCUACCUGAUAAUUAAUUGCACCCAUCUGGUGUCUCAGGUCUAAAUCAGUGCCUCAUUAGAGGGGAAGAAUGGAAAGAAAGCAGUGGGAACUGGCUUCGAGGUCCAGAUUUUAAUUUGAGGGGUUCUAGGAUAUGUUUGUGUUGUUGCAAAGACCACAGACCAAUGAUGACUCAUCUAUCAGUAAGGAUUGCUCUGCCAAAUGGCAUUCAUGUCAUUAACACUUAGAUAUAAGCAAAGAUGGGGUGUAUGUGUAAAUACCACGGUAAUUGAAUCAUAUUUUCUAUCAACUUUUGGGUUCCUUGAUCUCAAUUUUCUCCAUAGAGAUCCUAUAAUACACAAUAUAAGACAGUGUAUAUUAUGUUUUUCUCCCUGCCUGUUCUCCAUGUCAGUUUGGCUGGACUCAUGUAACUCUGCUGAUCGUUGUGACCCAGUCCCACCUCAUCAUCCACAACCUGUUUGAGGGAAUGAUCUGGUAAGGAAUGUCCCUGUCUGUCUCCGUCAUCCAACCGGGAGAAGUUAGUGAAGCUAUUUGAGGCUGCAGUUCAUGCGCUUUCUCAUCCUACAGUUACAAAUAACGACAACUUCAUUUAGAAUAUUAAGUAGCAGCCUACCUAUUGGCUCUUGGUCGUUGUAACCUAUCCUGCUCCUUUAACUUUUAAUUCUGUUUUUUAAAUUCCAUGUUCCAUUGAUUAGAUAUCUCCUAACUUUUGCCACACAUGAAGGCUCUGACUGUAGCCUAUUGCCGCUUUGAUGACUUGUGAGUGGCGAGCAACACGCUCCACUCUCAUGAAAAGCAAUAGCAGCAGCAUAAAUGAUACCAUUUCUCUCUAUAUCUCUAUGUCUUGCAGCAGUCACGUUCAGAUCUGUACGGUCAGUUCAAAUUACACAUACCCGAGACCAGUGACAAUCAUAUCAGAUCCGAACCAAUCCGUUCAGAUCCCGAAUCGGUUCUCGGGUACAGGUGGCUCCAUGAAGACCUCUAGUGGGAGAACUGACUGCAGAGUGAAAAUGCUAUUAGCUGAUGUAAUUGUGGCUUGCACUACAACCAUGUGAUGGAAAUGAUAAGUGCAUUAGGGUGUUAGGUUGGUCCACAUCAUGGGCUUGUACUGUGUAGAAGAGACAUGCUCUGUGCACAACAUAUUUAUGUAACACCCCAUUGAAUAUGCCCCAGUUGUUUAUACCAGUUCCUCUCUCCUUCUCUGUCUAGGUUCAUCGUGCCCAUCUCCUGUGUGAUCUGCAAUGACAUCAUGGCCUACAUGUUUGGCUUCUUCUUUGGACGUACUCCACUCAUUAAGGUUAGCAAGACUGGCACUGUCAGUCACACAACUAUGGUCAACAUCAACAGGCAACAUGGCGAGCCUAUCUAAUAUUAUUGUCAUUGAAUAUGUAAUAGGUAUGUUGCAUCUGCCAAGGCUUGUGGCAUUUUGCAAAAGGGAUACCAUUUGAACACUCUUUAAUGUGUUAAUGUGACUGUGUUCCAUUCAGCUGUCUCCUAAGAAGACUUGGGAAGGCUUCAUUGGUGGAUUCUUUUCUACUGUUAUAUUUGGGAUCCUGGUAAGAAAUGACCAUUGCCAUAACUAAGUGCUAAAGCUUUCCUUUAAAUUCCCCACAAGUCCAAUUAUCUUACUCCCUUUGUCCUCCUCUCUCCAGUUGUCCUAUGUGAUGGCGGGCUACAGCUUCUUUGUGUGUCCGGUGGCGUUCAACAGCGACCAUAACAGUUUUGAGGUGGACUGUGAGCCCUCUGACCUGUUCCAGCUGCAGGACUAUGCCCUGCCUGCUGCCCUUGAGUCCCUCACUGGAUGGGUGAGCAUGAUCUGUCCUCUGUCUGGCUGGUCUCUGUUUCUGAUCUGUCUGGUCUAACUUGCCCCAGAGAGAAAACAUUUUUUGUUCCAUUUUACACAUUUUGGCUAUGGUGUGUAGAGAAAAGGUUGCUGUUAUAAAGCUAGUUUGCUGCAAUUCUACACAUUUUGCCAUGGGGUGGAGAGAAAUGUUUGCAGUUUUUAAUAUGAUAUUUGAGUGAGAGUGACUAACAAAAUCAAUGCCCCCUGGUCACUAAUUCAACCUUGAUUACUACAAGUUUAGAUAGCUGGCCACUAGACAAAUUUACCAAUCUAAAAACAUGUUAGCUGACAGAGAAACAUUUUUGAAAUUGCACCUGUAUUCUACUACUCUACCUCGUUUGUAAGUUGAGACCCCGUCUGAGUUCCCCCCCCAAAAAACAACAUUGAUCCGAGGGCCUUCAAAACAGUCCUAAAUCCUGUCUCCUUAUUUCUCCUCUUUUUGCAUAAACUGUUUGACCAUAUGUGAGACUGUAGUUUAACACCUCUCUCUCUCACUCGCCCCCCCCCCUCUCUUUCUCCCUCUCUCUCCAGCCCACACUGCGCCUCUACCCAUUCCAGAUUCACAGCAUCUCCCUGUCUGCCUUUGCCUCCCUCAUGGGACCUUUCGGAGGCUUCUUUGCCAGCGGCUUUAAGAGGGCCUUCAAGAUCAAGGUGACUGUCAGAACACCUCACCACUGUUAUUACAGGGCCCGGUGGACUCACUAGAUUUGAGUAGCCUCUCAGUUGGCAGUGCUCAUGAUCUAUGCUUCUGGAAUCACUUGGUUGUUCAACUUUGUUUGUGAUCCUCUGCAGUUUCAUGCAAGCUGUGCAUUGACUUAUUUGGACUUUGCUUGAGCAAAGGGCCUCCACAGUGCACAAGCUGUGUGUUAUGUUGUCCUCUGCUCUGAUGCCCUAUUGCUCUGAUGUCAUCAUGUCCCUCUGGCCUGUUAUUGUCAUUCCAGGACUUUGCCAACACCAUCCCCGGUCACGGUGGCAUCAUGGACCGCUUCGACUGCCAGUACCUCAUGGCCACGUUCGUCAACGUGUACAUCGCCAGCUUCAUCAGGUAACUAGCUAGAACACCACAGGCGUAUUAACUGCUUUGGCUGACAAUCCUGAUGUGUUGGUAGAUUAUUGUUAUUUUUAAGCAAUAAGGCCCGGGUGGGUGUGGUAUAUGGCCAAUAUACCAGGGCUAAGGGCUGUUGUAUGCACGAAGCAACACCGAGUGCCUGGAUACAGCCCUUAGCCGUGGUAUAUUGGCCAUAUACAGUGGGGGAAAAAAGUAUUUAGUCAGCCACCAAUUGUGCAAGUUCUCCCACUUAAAAAUAUGAGAGAGGCCUGUAAUUUUCAUCAUAGGUACACAUCAACUCUGACAGACAAAUUGAGAAAAAAAAAUCCAGAAAAUCACAUUGUAGGAUUUUUAAUGAAUUUAUUUGCAAAUUAUGGUGGAAAAUAAGUAUUUGGUCACCUACAAACAAGCAAGAUUUCUGGCUCUCACAGACCUGUAACUUCUUCUUUAAGAGGCUCCUCUGUCCUCCACUUGUUACCUGUAUUAAUGGCACCUGUUUGAACUUAUCAGUAUAAAAGACACCUGUCCACAACCUCAAACAGUCACACUCCAAACUCCACUAUGGCCAAGACCAAAGAGCUGUCAAAGGACACCAGAAACAAAAUUGUAGACCUGCACCAGGCUGGGAAGACUGAAUCUGCAAUAGGUAAGCAGCUUGGUUUGAAGAAAUCAACUGUGGGAGCAAUUAUUAGGAAAUGGAAGACAUACAAGACCACUGAUAAUCUCCCUCGAUCUGGGGCUCCACGCAAGAUCUCACCCCGUGGGGUCAAAAUGAUCACAAGAACGGUGAGCAAAAAUCCCAGAACCACACGGGGGGACCUAGUGAAUGACCUGCAGAGAGCUGGGACCAAAGUAACAAAGCCUACCAUCAGUAACACACUACGCCGCCAGGGACUCAAAUCCUGCAGUGCCAGACGUGUCCCCCUGCUUAAGCCAGUACAUGUCCAGGCCCGUCUGAAGUUUGCUAGAGUGCAUUUGGAUGAUCCAGAAGAGGAUUGGGAGAAUGUCAUAUGGUCAGAUGAAACCAAAAUAGAACUUUUUGGUAAAAACUCAACUCGUCGUUUUGGAGGACAAAGAAUGCUGAGUUGCAUCCAAAGAACACCAUACCUACUGUGAAGCAUGGGGGUGGAAACAUCAUGCUUUGGGGCUGUUUUUCUGCAAAGGGACCAGGACGACUGAUCCGUGUAAAGGAAAGAAUGAAUGGGGCCAUGUAUCGUGAGAUUUUGAGUGAAAACCUCCUUCCAUCAGCAAGGGCAUUGAAGAUGAAACGUGGCUGGGUCUUUCAGCAUGACAAUGAUCCCAAACACACCGCCCGGGCAACGAAGGAGUGGCUUCGUAAGAAGCAUUUCAAGGUCCUGGAGUGGCCUAGCCAGUCUCCAGAUCUCAACCCCAUAGAAAAUCUUUGGAGGGAGUUGAAAGUCCGUGUUGCCCAGCGACAGCCCCAAAACAUCACUGCUCUAGAGGAGAUCUGCAUGGAGGAAUGGGCCAAAAUACCAGCAACAGUGUGUGAACACCUUGUGAAGACUUACAGAAAACGUUUGACCUGUGUCAUUGCCAACAAAGGGUAUAUAACAAAGUAUUGAGAAACUUUUGUUAUUGACCAAAUACUUAUUUUCCACCAUCAUUUGCAAAUAAAUUCAUUAAAAAUCCUACAAUGUGAUUUUUUGGAAUUCUUUUUCUCAUUUUGUCUGUCAUAGUUGACGUGUACCUAUGUUGAAAAUUACAGGCCUCUCUCAUCUUUUUAAGUGGGAGAACUUGCACAAUUGGUGGCUGACUAAAUACAUUUUUUCCCCACUGUACCACAAACCCUGAGGUGCCUUAUUGCUAUUAUAAACUGGUUAUCAAUGUAAUUAGAACAGUAAAAAUACAUUUUGUCAUACCCGUGGUAGAUGGUCUGAUAUACCACGGCUCUCAGCCAAUCAGCAUUCUGGGCUCCAACCACCCAGUUUAUAAUUUGUAAUUCUCUCCCAGGGGGGUCCUCUGUUGUAUAGAGACAUGAGGCUGCAGCCUCAACCAGUUUGACUAACCAGGCCUUUGUUGGGGGCAUCUUUGUGCUGUCAUAAGGUCACCCUGUAUGUGAUCCAUUGUGUAAUCUUCUGUCUCCAGGGGCCCUAACCCUGCCAAGGUGGUCCAACAACUCCUAGCCCUGCGCCUGGACCAGCAGCUCCACAUCUUCAACUCCCUGAAGACCCACCUGACAGAGAGGGGUCUGCUGGAAGAGGCAGCAUAGGGCCCCCAUGGCCAGGCCCAGGGUCGGGUCACCCUACUGGGUACAGGAGGGCAGCCCCUUGGCACCAGGAAGCCCUAGAGGUGUGGGAGAAGAAGUGUGGUGCUUGUGUGAGAAAGAACACAAGCCUUUGGGUCAUUCCAUUGUGUGUGUGUGUGACUUUGAGAGAGUGUGUACAUUAUGACAGUGUGUCCUAAACUGUUUUCCUUUGUCAGUGUUUCAGGUUGCGUCUGUGAGUUACUGUACCUGUUUAUGUAGUCAUGUCAGCCAUAGUAUCUACAACAGAGUGAUGCCACUUUAUCUGUGUACCACGAUGAGGUCAGGUGGACAUUUCCACAUGUAUACAGGAUGUUCUAUACCUAUAAUGUGUGUGAAUAUUUGAUGAUAUACAUUUUUUUAUUAGUGUUUUAAUGCACUGGGCAACAUACUCCCACUGUAUCGUCCUCACCCUGCCACCCUGCCUGUCUUAUGCUUCAUUCGUUGUAAUAAUUGUUUGUAUUAAUGUUGAUGGUUGAGUUUUUACAUUGUCAUCUUCCAUUAUAUCCCUGUGGUUUGUCUAUGUGCAUUUUACUCUGUAGAGAUUCAUUCUGCUAUUGGCAUAUGUCAUGCUACAUGUGUUUCUUGCUGUUUUUGUUACCAUCUUUGCAUCCCAAAUGGCACGCUAUUCCCUAUACAGUGCACUACU